AAUUGAUUUCCUACAACAAAAGAAUGAUAUAAAGUAUCCUCCAGUAAAAAGUUCCUUCAAAAAUGAGCUUACAGCAAAUCGAAAAUCCACAUGUUCCUGUGCAAACCAAAUUUUAGAAAAAACCUCAAAGUAUCCUGAACGAAGAGGUGCCCGUUUUCCAGAAAAUAUGUAAGCAAUACAAGAAUAAAAAAAAAGUUGUUUUUGUGUCACUGAAAUGGAGAGGUUAGUUGUCACUUUGACGUUAUUUUUUUUAUCAAGUGAUGAGAAUGUCAAUGCUUUACUCAUCACUCUGAUCCCAUGUUAAAACAAAAUCAAUUUAUUGAUUCAUUUUAUGGCAUUUGUGGCGUCAACGUCUAAAUCAUCUGGCAUCUGCGUUUUGUUUAGUUUAUACCAAUACUUGCGCCCUUGUAAGAAAGCGGCGAAAAGAAAAAUGCUACUAUUCUAACAACUUAUCUCUGCUAACAACCUUCCGACUUUUGUAGAGUUGUGGUAUUUUAACAUUCAUGAGACAUUGCAGACAGUCAAUACGAAAUGGAUCAAGAAACAGCGCGUAAGUUAUACGAAGAGGGAGCAAUAUUUGUGUUUCUGAAUGUACCAGAAGGUACAGAAUUUGGAAUUGAUAUGAAAUCUUGGAACACUGGAGAGAAAUUCAGGGGAGUAAAAAUGAUCCCACCUGGUCUACACUAUAUUUUUUACAGUGCUGUAUCAAACACAGGUGAUACUGCCCCUAGAACAGGAUUUUUUCACAAUUUUAGAAAAGCUGAAGUAUUGGUAAAAAAGUGGGAUCAGGUGAAUGAGUGCGUUAGUGCUGAAACUGUCAGUGAUGAGGACAUUGUGAGACUAACAGGAAAUUUGAGAGCUCUAGAUAAUUUCUUAGGGCCUUAUCCUUAUGAUAUUAAAGAUAGAUGGAAAAGUUUAACAUCGGACCUCACUGAUGAUCUGGUAAAAAGUCUUGUGCCUCUAUCUGGAUUUAUACAAUCAGCAUUGGAGUUGGAAUCGUGCAGUAAUUCUGAUAGGCCUAAAGGAAAGAAAGCUGAUGAGAAUGAUGAGGAUAAUCUAUCUCCAACUGAAGCAAAGAGAUCUAGGAAAUCUGACAACAUAGAUGCAUUAUUGCCCCAUUUAAAAGCAAAAGCUGGUACUGAAAUCAGGUUAACGAAGUUUCCUGAGAAGACAUAUCCAGAAGGUUCAACUCCAGCUGAUAUAACAAAGCAUUCCCUUGAUUCAUCCUAUGUUUUUGACCUGAUUGCCAGCUCAUAUCAAAAACCAGAUAAUAUUAUAGGGGAGCUUCAGUUCUGUUACAUUUGUUUCCUGGUAGGUCACAGCUUGGAAGCGUUUGAUCAAUGGAAGAAAAUCUUUAGCCUUUUUUGUUCUUGUGAAGCAGCUGUGAAAAAACAUCGAAGGCUAUUCAAUAGAUUUUUGAUCGUCAUAGAGGCACAGCUACAGGAAGUCCCUGAAGAGUUUCUAGCAGACAUUGUAACUAACAAUAAUUUUGUCUAUGUAAAACUAAGGCAGUUGUUCCGGACCAUCCAAGGAUUGGACAUUGAUGGAGAAAUCAAAACUAAGGCAGAGAGAUUGAAAAAAAGCUUGACAGAUUUGUAUGAGUGGGAUUUUGGUCAUUUGGAAUCUGAGGAUGAGGAUGAAGCACCAGUGAUUGUUGAAGUAACAUAAUUGUUAAUAAAAUAUGUUUAUGGCCAUUUAACUCAGAAAUUUAUUCUAAUGCCCAAUUCUAAGUGCUGUAUAGCCUCCUUGACUUUCAUGGUUUUCUACUUUUCCGUGUCAGUGCUCUAUUUUGAGGUUAUGUCACAAAUAUCAGCAUCAACUUGUUAAUGCUUUUGAUUUAGAUCCGUUUUAUAAGCCUGAAAUUUCC